AGGCGAGCGCCAAUUGGCGGCUCCGCCCCGCCGACCAAGGGUGCAGACGCCCCUAAACGGUGACCCUGCCGAGACGGCUGGGGCCGCCCGGCGAGAACUGGCACUUCCGAAAUGGCAGCAGCCAGGCCGGGCCUGGGCCGAAUCCUCCCAGGAUCGUCCAUCCUAUUCCUGUGCGACAUGCAGGAGAAGUUCCGCCACAGCAUCGCGUACUUCCCGGAGGUGGUGGCCGUGGCCGCACGGAUGCUCAGGGCAUCCCGGCUUCUGGAGGUCCCAGCUGUGCUGACGGAGCAAUAUCCCCAAGGCCUGGGCCCCACGGUUCCAGAGCUGGGUGCUGAGGGCCUCCCAGCCCUGAGUAAAACCUGCUUCAGCAUGGUGCCUGCCGUGCAGCAGGAGCUGGACAGCCGGCCCCAGCUUCAGUCCGUGCUGCUCUGCGGCAUCGAGGCGCAGGCCUGCAUCCUGAACACAGCUCUCGACCUGCUGGACAGGGGACUGCAGGUCCACGUCGUGGUGGACGCCUGCUCCUCUCGAAGCCAGGUGGACAGGCUGGUGGCGCUGGGCCGCAUGCGGCAGAGCGGUGCCUUCCUCUCCACCAGCGAGGGGCUCAUUCUGCAGCUUGUGGGUGACGCCUCCCAUCCCCGGUUCAAGGAGAUCCAGAAGAUCAUUAAGGAGCCCGCUCCGGACAGCGGGCUGCUGGGUCUCUUCCAAGGCCAGAAGCCCCUCUUCUGAUGAACUCAGGACCCUGACUUGAGGGGAGACCACCCUCCUGUCACCUCGACCUCGGUGGAAGCACUUUUCCCCCCAUCCCUGGAUCCCAAGAGUGGUGCGGUCCACCCGGAGUCCCGCCCUCGGGGGGGGGAGGCGUGGUUCUGUCGUCCCAUUGGGCAGCUGCUCCCGGAAAUGCAAAUAAGACUCCUGGGGGCUGGGCGGGAAUUGGCUGAGAGCAAGGUGGAGGCGGGGCUCGGGCGCCGGGCCACUUCAUGGGGCGGGGAGGGAAGGGGAAAGUGUCACCGACUGUGGGAACCGCACUCGUGGAAUAAAUAUUGAUGUGGC